AUGUCCAACGGGCACUUGUUAAUCCUGAACAACUGGGAGACUGAGCUGGAGAUCCAGGUUGGGAUUUAUAUGGAACAAGACGUUAUUUGGGUUUGUGAGUAUGGCAACCUGAGCAGCAAAGUCUCCCCCAACAUCUUGUAUAAGGCUAUAUGGGACGUCCUGCACAGGAACCAGUGCAAAUUCUGGAAGUUUGUGGAGACAGUGGAGCUGCAGGUCAGCUUGAAGAACUAUGACCCUCAGGACAAACGCUUCUUGGGGACCAUCAGGCUUAAGUCCAUUCCCCACCCCAAGUUCUCUGUAUGUUUGGGGGACCAGCAGCACUGUGCUGAGGCCAGGGCCAUGGAUAUUCCCCACAUGGACAUUGAGACACUGAAGAAACUCAAGAAUAAAAACUUAGUCAAGAAGCUGGGCAAGAAGUAUGAUCCCUUUUUGGCUUCAGAGUCUCUGGUCAAGCAGAUCCCACGAAUCCUGGGUCCAGGUCUGAAUAAGGCUGCCAGUCUUCCUUCCUUGCUGACCCACAAUGAGAACAUGGUGGCCAAAGUGGAUGAAAUGAAAUCCAUGAUCAAACUCCAGAUGAAGAAGGUGGUGUGUCUGGCACUGGCUGUUGGCUACAUAAAGAUGACAGAUGAUGAGCUUGUGUACAACAUCCACUUAGCUGUCAAUUUCCUGGUGUCAUUGCUCAAGAAGAACUGGCAGAAUGGCCAGGCUUUAUACAUCAGGAGGACCACAGACAAGCCCCAGUGUCUGUAUUAA